AGACCGGAAGAUGGAAUCAUGGAGCUUUUGUGGGAAAACGGUCAAGUUGUUAUGCAGAGCCAAAAAAACCAAACAUCUUUCAAGAAGUCUCCGACGUUCAAAUUCCAAGGCGCCGGCCAAUCAGCUCCUAGAGAGAUCAAAGCGUCUUCAUUGUCCCAUCAGCAGCAACAGCAAUCGGUUACCGAUCAUCUCUUCAUGCAAGAAGAUGAAAUGGCUCCGUGGCUUCAAUAUCCUCUCAACGACGCCAACUUCGACCACGAUUUCGGCGCUGAUCUCCUCUAUCCUUCCGCCGUGGCCUCCGUUCCUCCGCUCGAAAGAGUUUAUCAAGUUCCUGGUUCGGCUGCGGCGACAGCUUCUAGGCCCCCGAUGCCGCCUCCAAGUAGGAAUGAGUUGGAAUCGACAAGGAUCCAUAACUUUGUUCACUUCUCCAGGCAUAAAACGGCGAGGGCGGAGCAAUCUCAACCGUCGAAUUUGAAGAGCCUAGUGAGGGAACCGACGGUCGUCGAUUCCAGCCAUACUCCGGCGAUGGCUCCCGAAUCGGGCUCCUCCCAGGCCAUGCCAAGCAAGACCGAGACGGCAUCUGGCGGAAACAACAACAAUGCCAGCGCCAACAUGGGUGCUGCUCCAGUUGCCAACACGAGAUCAGCUGGCGUCACCAGGGGUGCCAACAAGGACAAUUUAGCCACGUGCAAGGUCAAGGUGACAUCACCACCUAAAGGCUACAGUCCCAGCGGACCCAGCCCCGAACCUACGGCUCAAAAGGCGGCCCCGGCUGAGGAUCGGAAGCGUAAAGGAAGAGAACCGGGUGAAGCCGAAUGUCAGAGCGAGGAUGCUGAGUUUGAAUGCGCUGACACAAAGAAGAAACCACGUGGAUCCACGUCUACAAAAAGAUCUCGUACAGCGGAGGUCCAUAACCUCUCAGAAAGGAGACGGAGAGAUAGGAUAAAUGAAAAGAUGAAGGCUUUGCAAGAACUUAUACCUCGUUGCAACAAGUCAGACAAAGCAUCAAUGCUGGAUGAGGCAAUUGAAUACCUUAAAUCACUUCAGUUGCAAGUUCAGAUGAUGACCAUGAGCUGUGGCAUGGUCCCAAUGAUGUUUCCCGGUAUUCAGCAAUACAUGCCAACAAUGGGAAUGGGACUUGGGAUGGGCAUGGAUAUGGGAAUAAGUAGGCCAAUGAUGCCGUUUCCCGAUGUCUUGGCCGGCUUGGGAUUACCAACAUCAACUGCUGCAGCACAUUUGGGCCCAAGGUUUCCUAUGCCACAACCAGUUCCGACUUCAGAUCCAUCAAGAACCCAACCGAACAACCAGCCAGAUGCAAUGCUAAACCCGUUCGGCAUCCAAAACCCGAACCAGCCACAAGUUCCAAAUUUGGCUGGUCCUGAUCACCGGUAUCUCAGUCUUCAACAGGUGCAAAUACUCCCUCCACAGAGUCAAGCAACGGCCCAGCCAAGUUCCAUUAAACCUAGUACCAGCCCGGCUGAGAAUUCUUGAAAAUCACAAAUCAGGUGCGUGCGUUCUUCUAUGGUUGUACAUUAUUAAAAGAUGGUUGCUGAAAACAUUGUGUAGAUGGCAAA